GGAUUUCCUUCCCUUGCUGUCUCGACUUCACUCGCUUGCUAGGCACUGCGCAUUCACUUAUCCUGACAGAGACAGUUAUGCCUCACAUUUCCGCUGCUCCUGUCUAGCACCAGGCAGGCACUCCCUUCGGUACGGUGGACAGCACUUGAUGGUGUUGUGUUCUUUUCGUUCCAUUCACCUCGCAAUAGUUUUCGUGGCAUUCGCAUCGCCUCACGUUGGCUUACACUAGUAUGUUACGAAAAUAGUAGCCGGAAGACUCCACACUAGUAGGCGUUUCCUCUCCUAGCGGCAGCCUCACCUCACCUUUCACUGCGUGUAUCCUCAUUUUCAUCUCGCUUCGGGAUUUUCUGGUCGGUCGGCUGAACCCGACAUGGCUCCAUCGCACUCGCUAGAAGCUACUAACUCGGGAUGGCUAGAUUCAAUGAUAACGGAAAUACCGGCAGCGCCCAGCAAUCACGACGACAACGCAUCGUACGGAUCGCCUGAGCGACAUCACGAAGACGAGAUCGUGUCGAUUAAGACCGUGUCGUGCUGGCAGCGUUACAUUCUGGGAGAUCUCAUCUUUAUCGUCCUCUCCGUGCUUUCUCUCGGCAUCGUCCCGCUGGUAGCCAGCUGGCUCCCUGCUCUCUACGUUUCCCUGCGAUUCAAGCGCGUUCCCCCCGGCGACGUUUCCGCGGACUAUGUACUGGUGGAGAGCCUCGAUGGUAUCCUGACCGUCGCGCCGCUGCAGUCCGUCGACCCCUGGGCUCCUGCCCGCGGGUGGGUGGACGUCGCUGCAGCGCGCACCAGCACCAGGCUACCGGGGUGCGAUAUCCGCCUCGCGGACCUGCCUAGAACCUUCCUGUGGCGCAGCGAGCGGUUCUGGUUCGACCCGGCAGCAGCCGCGCGGCUGUUCGACAACACGCCCAAGUCCGCCACGCGCGCGGCGGAGCUCCGCAGCACGCCGCUGGUGUGGAAGCGCCACCGCUUCCAGCUCGCGUCCUCCGCCGCUGCGCUCCAUAAGUAUGGCGCCGCUUGCGCCAUGCAGGAGCCCAGGGGGGGAAGCCAUCCCGGAGACGUGAGUGACUGGGAGCGGCGGCUGCUCACCCACGGCCCCAACAUCCUGCACGUGCACGCGCCCAGCUUCUGGGUGCUGCUGGCGGGCGAGAUGCUGAAGCCGUUCUUUGUGUUCCAGGUGUUCAGCGUGGCCGUGUGGUUCCAGCAGGAGUACUACCUCUACUCCUGCAUCAUCAUCCUCCUCACCACCACCUCCGUCGUAUAUGAGGCCGCUCAGACCCGCCGCAACAGGCUCGCCAUCAAGCGACUAGCGGAGACGGACUGCUCUGUGGUGCGGCUAAUGGGCCAACGGGAUCCCGCUGACCCCUCUGCUGCUCCAAGGCUGUUGCCGGAGCAGGUUCUGGCAAGCGCUCUGCUGCCUGGGGACCUGGUGCAGGUGGAGUCGGGCAUGGUGUUGCCGUGCGACCUGGUGCUGCUGGCUGGCCAGUGUGUUCUCAACGAGUCCAUGCUCACUGGGGAGUCUGCUCCCGUGCUCAAGACAGCCCUGCCCCUCGACUUCUCUGCGCAACCGCACAAGAUCCGGCCAGGGUCAGAGGCGGACUCCAAGUACCGCCUGCUGUCAGGUACAGAGGUGCUGCAGACCCGGGCGCUCAGAGUGCCGCCCACCAACCCUCCAGCCUGGCCCUCCUCCUCGUCCUCAAGCGCGGACGCACCACCCUGUGUGUGGAACUUCGCCAAUGGGGAUGCCAAGACGAGCAAAGGGCAGCCCAUGCCGGUGGCAGCCAUGGUGGUGGGUACCGGGUACGCCACGGCCAAGGGCGAGCUGGUGCGCGCGAUCAUCUACCCGAAGCCCACGUCGUUUGACUUUGAGCGCAAGCUCUACCUCUUCAUAGUCAACCUCUUUGUCUUCUUCCUCAUCGCCGCCGCCGUCACCGUCGCUUACCAGUACAACAAGGUGAGUGGCAGGCAGCUGGUGCUGAACAUUCUCAACAUCCUCACUAUCACCGUGCCGCCCGCCCUGCCUCUUGCCCUCUCCAUCGGCCUCUCCACUGCGUUCUCUCGCCUCCAAGCAUGCGGCAUCUUCUGCAUCAACCCCCCCCGCAUCAUCAACGCGGGUCGUGUGAACCUCCUCUGCUUCGACAAGACCGGCACUCUCACGCGCGACGGGCUCACCAUCUCAGGAGUCCUCCCCGUCUCCUCCACUUCUCCCGCCACCUCCCCCACCUUCUCCGCCCUUCGCUCCAACCUCCUCGACCUAUACCACGACGCGGUUAAACCCACGCCCGCGUCACCCCCCCCACCAGACACAUCCGCAGCCGCAGCCACGCCCACUGCAUCCCUCUGUUACACUCUUGCUGCCUGUCACAGCCUGUCGCUACUCCACACCCCUGCGCCCUCCCGGUCCGCCUCUGCUUCCUCUGCCUCUGACGCGUUUCCCGAGUUGGAGGUGCAUGGAGAGGGGAAGGGAGCGGGGGGGUGGUGGAGUAGGUUGGUGCGUGGGGAGUGGGGUUAUUCGGGGAUGAGGUUGAGGAGCAGCAGCAGCAGCAGCAGUGGCAGUGUGGUUGCUGGGGAAACGCAGGGGGUGCGGCUGCAUGCUGGGCCGAGGAGUGAUGGGGAGGGGCAGUGGGAUGGUGGGGCGGGAGAGGUGGAGGAGGAGGAUGGGGAGGGCGAGGAUGGGGCUGUGAUCCAUAUGAAGGACGGCUCGGUGUGCCUGUUUGUGGGGGACCCACUCGAGAUACAGAUGUUCAGGAGGAGUGGCUGGCAGUUCCUCCCUCGUCCUGACUCCGCCCAGCAUGACACCAGCACCACCACCAGCGCUCCACACUCCACCAACGCCUGGGACAUCGACUCCAUCUGGUCGCACCCCGACCUCCCCCCAACCGUCGACCUCCUCCUCCUCCCCCCCUCCCCCCCUGAUCCCUCCGCUCCCUCCUCCUCCUCCUCCCCCGCGCACCAACCCCCCCCCGUGGCCUCCCCCGCGUCCUUUGUGUUCUCUUCUCAGCCGGCCCUGGCUGUGCUGCGGCGCUUUGACUUUGACUCGGAUCUCAGGCGCAUGGCUGUGGCGGUUCUGCAGGUGCAUCCUGCAGUCGUGGGGCAGGGAGGGGGCAAGGCUGGGGCUGCCGCUGCGCCCAUGUCUCUGCUGGUCAAGGGCGCUCCUGAGAGCAUCCGUCCCCUGUGCACGCCUGCAUCACUCCCUGCUGACUUCGAGGGUCAGCUCAAGGCGCUCACGCUGAGUGGCAGCAGAGUGCUGGCAGUCGCAUCGCGGUCGCUCUCCCACCUCUCCCUGCAGCAGGUGACAGAGGAGAGUCGCAGCGAGCUGGAGCGGGAGCUGGUGUUCUGCGGGUUCCUGGUGCUGGAGAACCCCAUCAAGCCUGAGACCACCCCCGUGCUGCACUGCCUUGCUGCGGCGGGCCUCAGAUGCCUCAUGGUUACGGGGGACAACCCCCUCACUGCACUCGCUGUCAGCCGCCACUGCGGUCCAUACCUCCUGCAAACCACGCGCCACCCCUACCUCAUCGACACAGCUGACGACACCCAGGCAACCCCUGGCGCUGCUGCUGGUGGUGGAGGAGGAGGAGGAGGCGUAUGCGGCACGGGGUGCGUGUUACAAGAUGUGGUAACGCACCGGAGUGUGCCUCUCGACGAUGUGCUCGGGGCAGGACCAGCAGGAGCCGCCUCUGUGCUGCUCAAGGCCUCCGCUGGUGACUCCAAGGCUGCUCCACAGCUGGAACCCUCCUUCAGGGGAGCAGAUCUCGUAGUAACAGGCCGAGCAUUCGCCGCACUUAAAGCCCACCACGACCACCUCACCUCCUUCCGCAAAUCCCGCCGACCUUCCCUCCUCUCCUCCUCCUCCUCCUCCUCCUCGUCUGCACUUGUGCUCGGGCCUGCCUCAACUGCUGUCACGCCACUGGAGGCUGUGCUCUCCCGGGCAGGGGUGUUUGCGCGCAUGUCCCCCAGCAACAAGCAGGACCUCAUGAUUGCUCUCAGGGACCUGGGGUACUCCGUUGCCAUGACUGGCGACGGCGCCAAUGACAGUGCAGCGCUCAAAGCAGCGGACGUGGGCCUCAGCAUCGCAUCCAAGCGCCACUCCGCCCUCGCCGACCUCCCCCCCUUGCAAACCUCCCCCCCGUCCUCCUCACGCAAUGUCAACGGAGCCUCCUCAUCAUCAGCAUCGAUUAGAGGCGGUCGCAGGUCGUCAACAGCGGUGGCUCGGUCAGCAGCAGCGGCGUCAGAUGCAGCGGCGGCUGCUCCCAGCAUUGCGGCACCGUUCUCCACCCACGUGGCCCACAUCGGGGCGCUCGUCCCGCUGCUGCGUGACGGGCGGUGUGCACUGGUGACGGCAACGAGCAUGUUCAAGUACAUGAUGUUCUACGCGGUCGUGCAGACCAUGUCCAUCGCCGUGCUCUACCCGCUCGAGCUCGAGCUCACUGACAAGGAGUACAUCUGGGCAGACCUCGGGCUAGUCUUCCCCAUGAUCCUGCUGAUCCCCACGCUCUCCCCGCGCAAGUCACUGUCCCGCGGGCUGCCUGAGAGCAACCUCUUCUCGCUCUCCAUGCUUGUGGGCAUCUACGGCCAGGUCGCCCUCAUCGCCGCCUUCCAAGUGCUCGCCAGCGCGUUCCUGCACUCACAGGCGUGGUAUGUGCAGCCGGUUGUUGGAACUGCUGGGUUCAACCCGCAGGUCAACUACAACAGCACUGCAAGCUUCCUCUUCUCCUCCUUCCAGUAUGUCUUCCUGGCCGCAGCAGUCAGUCAGAGCUUUGGUCGGUUCAGAGUGCAUUUAUUCCAGAGCCCUCUGCUCGUCGUCGUGCUCCUGCUGCAGUUCCUUUUCUGCUCCCUCUUCCUUUUCUACCCGUCGCCUGCCAUUCGCAGUGCCUUCGGCCUUGUCGACCUGAGUGCCUAUCCCAACUUCAAGCUGUCUCUCUGGCUCUUUGCCAUUGUCGGUGGGCUGGUUUUUAUUCUCUUCGAGCGCGUCGCCGUGCGCCACCAGUCUGCCGAGCCUGACACUGCCGAUGCUGACGACCUGCUCCGGCAGGCAGCAGAGUGGCAGGCUAAGGAUGCCUCAGCAGGGUCAGCUCCGUCACAUGGCUCGGCACAUCUGUGGGUCGGUUAUGGGGACAAGGAGGAAGUGAGGUCGGAGGGGUGGUACGACCAUGUGGUGUCUGUGUGGAGGAACAUUGGAGGCAGCUGUUACCCCAAGUUGUCGUCCAAGGAUGUGCGCUUCCUGGCUGCCCAGAAGGAGGCUGGAGCCCUGUGGGAUCAACUAUGAUGCACCCUCUCGGCAGCACAGCAUGGCUAAUCCACUCACAACCCUUGAUCCCUGCCUUCUCAUGCCCUUCGGUAUUGUACUGUGCAUAGUACAUAUGUAGUAUUAGAUGAGUGCAUGAUGUAAAACCUCGUUUGUCAGUCUCUUCACAGCCCUUAGCCUGCACUCAAUGUAGAGACAUUUAUAUACUAACUCCAGCCAAACUCUUUGCAAUGACUAAUGGUUGUG